UGCGUUCCAGUGGCAUGGCAGCGCGCACGAUAUGGGCUGAGGCGAUUACACGUCGACUAAUUUAGCCUCCGUUUCUUUUUGAGAGCCUCAACAAAAACAUGGCUCGGAUGUUAUUGUGGAUAACAGGUUUACUUGCAGUAAACGUGUUACAACUAUCAUGCACAGAUUUCGAUCCCUUCAUGGACCACACAAUGUUCAUAAUCGAUUGGAAGGGACCGUUACGUCUUGAUCCAAACAGUGGGAGUGGUGACACUGAAAAUUUGGUUGUUAUGACAAAAGAUAAAGAAAAAUACCAAUGUAUUUUACCUCAAGUUGCAAGUAGCAGAAAACAUCAGGAGAACAUAGAUGGAUACACAGGUCCCUCAGCCACAGAACUGAUGGAGAGUCUGUUUCAUAAAACUAGCUGCUCGUAUAGGCUUGAGAGCUAUUGGACCUAUGAAUUGUGUCAUGGCAGGCAUCUUCGGCAGUAUCAUGAGAGUAAAGAAAUGGGAAAGAAGCCUAAACUGCAAGAGUACAUUCUAGGGUUGGGUCACCUGGCUUCCACAUCCACUCAAACAGGAACAGACAAGGCAGGUUCAGGUGUGGCCAGUCAAGAUCUUACAGAUAAGAAUAUCAAGUAUCGCAAGAUUGAUGGCAUUGAUUUGCCCUACUAUGAAGUGUGGAUGUCUGAGGGCACACCUUGUGACUUGACUAAUCAGCCGAGAAGAACACAUGCACUUUAUGUGUGUCAACCAGAUGGAAAUGGGGAACUCUAUGAGCUCAAAGAAAUCUCAACUUGUGAAUAUGAAGUUAUGGUCCUAACAUCAGUUCUGUGCUCUCAUCCACUGUUUAGACCUAAGGAUCUACCUGUCAACAAAAUCAGCUGUCAUUCCAUGUCUGGUGCUCCACCCAAACCCAGUCAGCUGCAGGCUUGGGAGAUAGAGUCUUCUAGACUCACAUUACAGCAGGAAAAUCUCUUCGAGACAAGUACUGAACCGCUUGAAGGAGAAGAACAUGAGCCGCAACCUGUGACCCCACCACCUAAAGAACAUUCAGCACCAAAAGCUGCAUCAUCUGCUGGUACCAGCACCCCCAUUGGAGAACUCACAGAUAGACAGAUGUUGAAGGAUAUAUUGUCUGGUGACUAUUGCCUUCAAGGUGGGACAGGUUGGUGGAAACAUGAAAUAUGUCUUGGACAAUAUGCUCGGCAGUUUCACAAAGAUCGAAGUGGUGAAAUCUCAAUACUUUUAGGACAGUUCAAUGAGGCCACACAUCUCCAGUGGCUUAAUGACCAUCCAAACAAGAGGCCUAAACCACCAGGUCAGCGCAAGGUGCUGAACUACAUGUAUGGUGGAGGAGAUAUAUGUGAUCUGACUGGCAAACAUAGAUUUGUGGAGGUCCGUUUAAAGUGUGUACCAAACAGCCAAAACCCACAUGGUGUGUCACUUUUCCUGUCAGAACCAGCUUCUUGUGAAUAUGUGUUAGUGGUGGAGUCUGCAAUGUUUUGUGAAUUGAUUGACAAAGCAGACAACAACGCUUUGAUAAAAGAUCCAGAUUUGUAGCCAGCAUUACAUCUAGCCUGUACUGGAAAAUGUUUUGCUCAGCGUCAUCUUCAUCAAUGUUCUAAUUACCUCAUAAGAAUACCAGCUAUGGAAUUUGUGGCAAAUCAUUUAGAACAUUUUUAUUACAAACCAUUUGUAUUGUUUCUAAUAUCUCAGUGCACUAUUAAGAGAUAUUCUGGCCAUGGUGAAAGUUUACAAAAAAGAUGGAGUGCUACAGUGCAAUGAUGCAUCAUACAAAUGUGCAGAAUAAAAAACAAUAAAUUAUCUACUUCUGUUUCACACUGUUGUGUCUGAAAACAGAUUUUGAUGUGCAGAUAACAGUCUGUAGUGCCACGUUGUUUCAUUUUACUGCUGAUAUGUGUGUGUGUGUGGGGUAUUUUUUGUUUAUGAUCGUUAAAAUGGCACCAUUCAAAUCUUAGCAGAAAAAUUCCUAACAGUCAUAAAUUGACAGAUUUUCUAGCAUUUUGUAGAUUAACAUACUAACACCACUAUUCCCUACUGUUUCAUGCAUACUGUUGUGUAUAAUUUCAUUACUGGAUUUCUCAAGGUGAAGGAUUUCUUGUCAGAUAUUUUAAAUGGCACUUAAGGCCCAAAUGUCACAGCAAUGCUUUCUCUUGAUGCUGUGAUGAAUUUAUUCCUCGCGUAUACUUUGUGAAUCCACUGUAAUAUUUGCUUUCCAGAAAUACAAGAAAUUUCAGCUCUACAUUGUGGGAUGAAAGAUAUUUGUUCCCGUUUUUUUUUUUAAGCAUUAAAUUUGUUCCCUAAGCAAAGGCGUCUUUCUCAGGUGCUGGUGGAUUGUCUGACACUUUUAUUUCUUUGUGGAUGAACAUGUACAUUUGACUUACACAUCAGUAGUUUAUGAAAGAAAAAUGUUGCUAUAGUUAGAGGUUUGAUACAGAAAUGCAAAUUAUGUUUUCAUGUUUGCAAUUUAUUGUUGUUAUGAGACCCAGUUCAAAACUGUUUACCAUUUUAACUGUGACGUGUGCUUGGAAAAAAUCAUAUAUGGUGGCUGGGUUUCAAAUGGAAGUCCCUACACUUAGAGUGUUAAAAUUGUGAUAGAGAUGGGUUGCACUAGUGUCCUGCACAUUUCUUGCACAGCAAUAUGAACUUUAACAGACAAUGAAUCUGGUUUCUCAUUGUCACACUUGUAUGAGGUGUAUUAGUUGUAAGACUGCAUUUGUAUGCACUGGGUUAUGCUUCAGAACUCUUGUGUGUUAUGUCUGUGUGCAAGUUUAUAUUUAUGAAUGGGGAAAAAAGUUAAUAUUUAGUAAGAAAGUACUCGGUCAAAUGAAAACAAAGUUUGAUUCAAUAUGCACUAGGUAAAAUGCUAUAAAUCCACAUCAUACUCUGGCAUACAAUGCUUCGCAGUUUUCUAAAUGUCACCUGCAAAGGGCUUCCAUAGUUUUGAUUUGAUGGAGUAGAAUGCUAUGUGUCUUCUUUUCUUAUUUAAUUUUGUUGAGAAAUUAUAGCAUAAAGUGCUAUUUACCUGUUGCCUAAUAUAAAUUUAACACAAUCAUCGUUUCAGGAGUAACCUUAAAAAUGAAACCAUAUUUUUUUAUUGAUGUGGUGGGCAGUGGUUAUAUUACUUAUAAGAAAGACUUUACAUGAUAAAGAUUACAAUUUAAACAAUUGAAAAAACAAACAAACGCUAUAGUCAGCAGGUAGGUGAGUACUCAGCUCAAUGUAACCAUACAUAGCAGGAUAUCUUAAUGGCUAAGUUUUGUCAUGCAUUAUACAUAAGUUUUAAAAAUACAGUGCAGUUUCAUAAUGGCAGACUGAGUCCUUAGUUGUGAAGCCAGUAAAAGAACAUUAACAAAAAAAUUAUAGGACCUGUAAUUCAAUAAUAUAAAUAUUCUUUAUUUUAGAGUGAAACACUUGUCAAUUUUAUGAAGCAUUUUCAACAAAUAACCUGAAGAAAUGUUAGCAGUGGAUUGUUGUUCUUGAGGUUGGGUGGAAGAGGCAGUUUGAAAUUUGGAGAAUGGGAAGGAGUAUGUGGGAGAAAGGGAUGAGGGAGUGUUGGGGGAGGGUUAUUAUUCCACUAUGUGGCAGGUGUUGGUUAGUGCAUUUACUCCUUGCUGUUGGGUUCAGGAAUGCUGCCAAGUCAGUAAUGGUAAUAAUAACAAUAAUAAAGGGGAUUUAUAUAAACACUGCUCAAUGCACUUUGCAAAAAAAGGCAAAUACAUACAGAAAGACGCAACAGUCAUGUGACAGCUGUGGACACAGACCAAAACAUACCAGCAUUCAAAUAGAAUGACAAUGACAAUUCUUUAGAACAUUAACAAACUGUAUGAACACAAAAAUAGUGAGUUUGAAAUAGCACAUGGAGCAGUCUUAUACUGAUGAACUUAAAGACUUCAAACGAUAGUAACAUGUUCCAAUAGCGACAGGAGACUGCAGAACAAAUGACUGCCAGUUCCAGCCCUCGGUAUUGUUCAGUGCUGGCUGCCAGAUCACUAUGUUGCACUGCUUCUAUGUUCUAGCCUGGGAUUUUUGUUUUUCGGUUUGUUGUUAGAUUUAUCUGUAUGGUAUGUGAUGUAGAUAUACCUCACAUUGGUACUUAUAUAUUUCCCUUGUUACUAAAUGUAUGCUUGAUUAUUGUUUUGGUUAUGUAUGUUGAAAGAGGCCUGUAUAUUUACUAUUUUGGGGGAAAUUUAUUGGUUAGGCAAGUGAUAUCUGUAUUUCAUUUAUGGCAAGACGCCAUCUUUUGUACUUUUUUUCCUUUGAUAGAUAUUGUCUGGGUUUCCACUAUUGUUACUACUACUGACAGCACGUUAUGGCAUAGUUCUUUGGGUGGGUUGAAACAGUUCUGUGCAUGAAAGAUCUUUAUACAUAAGUAAAGUAUUAUCCAUUAAAUCUUGCUAUUUUGAUUGAUCAGAUCCCUUUGAUUUGUAGAAAAGCAAAGUAUUGCUAGGCUGGUUACUGGUUAGUUUCCUAGUUCUUUUGCCUUCACUUUUGUAUUUUACUUGCCUCGUUUCUUUACUGCUGGCUUAAUUAUUAGUAUUCUCUCUGUUGGAGAAAAAGGAAUGUUGAGGUGACUUUAGGAUUGGUAUUUUGUUUUACUGUUAGCCUUGCUAGUUUAUCAGCUCAUUUGGUUUUACUCCAAUAUGUGAGGGAACCGAAAGAAACUUGAGGUCCCCAUUGUCUUUGUUAAUGUUAUUUGUGUAAAACAGUCUCACAUACCAUGUCUAAUCUGUUAGAUGAUUGACUUUUCAGAGCCUGGAGUGCCAACAGUGAGUCUGUAUGUCUUGUCCUACAUUUUUGUAGUUUUUUCUGUAUUGUCUGGAGCUGACUGGCAGUGAAUAUAGAAAUAUGUCUGGUGUAGAUGAUCAUAUUGUGGAAGAAUAAACUCCCAGUUCAGUAAUAUAUGAUCUGUGUGUAAAAUGUAUCUGAAUAGUUUUUGUAAAUGAUGCUUAGUUUUGAGCCUUAUUUCAGAAGUGAUCUGAUUUUGUUCUUUCGUGAGAUCUGUGGUUGGGGAAGUGUCAAGGUAGAGUUGGAAUGAUCAUGCUAGGGUAUGGUGUUGGAUAGUGGGAUGACCUGUGCAUGUGGGGUUGUGAGUGAAUGUUAGACAAGAUGUUCUGGUGAGAAUCAUCUUGUAGUAGUAGUUGACUGUUCUUUCCUUGAUUUAUCAGUUCUAAAGGCCAGCACUUUUAGGUUUUGAGUGUUUAAAGUAAUUCCAACAUUACUUUUAGCACCAUAGCCUAUACUGACUGAAGCUUAACUACUUGAUCUCAGAUGCACUGGAUGUAAAGCUGUAAUAGUUCCAGCAAGGGCUAGCAUAAAGGUUAAACAGAAAUGGUGGAUUAAUGCCCAAUUUUUAAUAAUUCCUGCUAGGUUUAUUCCUUUUUUGUGGGCAGAUAUCAUUAUUUUGUCUAUAUGUGGGAUCCAAUUUGCUUGCUUGGAGAAAAUUACACCCCAAAAUUGCAUCGGAGUUGUAAUUGUGUGGUUUCUGUUGGGUGGCAGGAAAAUAAAUUUUUUGCCAGGAGCAUU